UGCUCACGUCUUUUUGGCCACCCUCUGAUCUUCGGAAAAAUGCUGAACCCCCUGACCACCCUAUUCCUCAUGAAAAUCCUCUUCUCUUCUAUCAGAUUACAAACAGCUCAGAUGGACUACAAUCUAAAGAAUACCACACAAGACUUCCAAAUUUUGCCUCGACCUACUCUGUCCUCUAAAACCACUGAGGUCAUAAAGGGCCAGACGGUAUUUCUAUCUUGCUUCGCCCAGACGAGGUUGUUUUCUGUCAAGUACAUAUUAUUCAGAGGAAAUAAAUGCAUAAAAGAGUCUGGUCCAGAGAUGGGAAAAGAACAACAAGAGUUUAAGAUAACUAUUUCAAACACCAGUGAGUUGGGUACAUAUAAAUGUAAGGUUCAACUGCAAGGUACCAGUGAUAAGAAAUACAGCAACAACUUCAACUUCACCUUUAUAUAUCCUGUCUCUACACCACAACUGCAACUCAAACCUUUUACAACCGAAAUAGGCCAACAUGUGGCACUGUAUUGUAUCUCAUUUAACGGAUCACUGCCUAUCAACUACACAUUCUUCAAGGGAAAUUCUAGUGUGUCACCAACAAUUUCCAAGACUGUGAGGGAGCCCGCUGUAUUUAACUUAACAAAUUAUGAUAACCGGGAUUUACACGGAUAUAAAUGCAAGGCAGAAAACAGGUUUCCCAAUUAUACAGGAUACAGCCAUAGUGCCAGCAUCCCAUUAAGAGAUAAGAGUUGUGCUGUUUGUCAGUUGCUAGUGCUUCUUGGGAUACUACUGGGAACAAUAGCAGCAAUUCUAAUAGUUCUAUUUUGGAUCCUUCCCAAGUACAAAAUAAGAAAUCCCAAGACAAACCACGUUCCAGAGAAUGGCAGGAACGAAAUCAAGAAGGGAGCAUUAUACGAGAACAUCAGCAGAACCCAAAGAGGACUGAACAGCAUUCAGGAGGUGGAGUACACCAGCAUCUUGAUCAAAGAAGUGAUCCCGGGACACAGAGAUAAGAAGCCGGAGGCAGGAAACUUAGAUGACAUGAGGCAAAGUCUCUUUUACAUUCCUCUACUUAUAUGCCUUUCUACCAGCUCUUUCAGAGCUCCACCCUGGAAGUACUGAACACACUCAAUUAUGUUUGUUGAGGCCCCACUGUUUACUACGGAUUGAGGGAGGCUGGCUAACUGAACGAGUUACAGGGGCCACGGAGGCGGACAUGAAUGAAAAUUCUGUCUUUAGGGCACUGGGAAAAAUUGUUUUGAGUCUACCCUGGACAGAAGGUCCUAUGGGUCGCCUGAAAGAGGAAGAGCAUACUCAUGGUAGAGUAGCUGGACUGGCAGCUAUCUUGCUCUGACACCAUUUCCUUAAUGGUAUCGCUACCCCUCUGGUGGACAGAACUUCCUCCUUAGAUGAUUCUGUACCAUGGUCCAACAGGCCUAAGGAAGGCCCGCUACGGACUCCACUUUAUGCAAUGAUCGGGGGUGGGAAAGAACUGUUCAGUUGCAGUGACAAUGAGGCUGUCACUCCCCCUCUAACCAGCAUGCCAGAGUAGCCGUUUCUGGAUCAGAGAAGGGAUCUUCCAGUACGGCCAAACAAAUGACUGGGCCAGAAUCCCCUCAUCUGACUGGAAAGGCCGGUUCUGAGAUGGCCACGCACUCUGGUGGCCAACUGUCCUCUCGAGGCUACCACAACCCAGUCCAUCUAGCAGGGAGGCUGAGCUUCGCCCCAGCUGGGGACAGAGCAUGUGGCAAAUCCCCCUGGCUGGUCUGCAGAUAAUAAUAAUAAUGUUGGUA